AUUUUCUUAAAAUGGCUUUGUGCACAAGCCUUAUAAAUUAAACGUGCACACCGACAGUAGUUUUAUUUAAAAUAGAGAAAUUUAAGAAAUCAUCUCAUUUAUUUCAUUUCUUUCGAAAAAAAAAAAAAAAUGUUUAAAUUAAAGACCAGAUAUUUUCUUUCAACCGUAACAUUAUUUAUACUCUUAACAAUGAUCUAUCUUAGUCAAGAAAAUAAAUCUUUUAUAAGACUUUUAAAGGAUAUCGAAAUCAGUUCGUUCAGUACAUACGAUAUCAAUGAUUCAAGAUCCGGUCAAUUUUACGAUGCUAUGGAUGUUAUAUCAGAUUCCAUAAUAUUAUGAGUAAAUCAUAACGUUGUAAAUUCUUGGGUGAUAAUUUGUUGUGAUUGUAAAUUUGUAAAAAAUUUUUUUUCUUUAAAUUGUAAAUAAUUUUUUAAAAAAAAUAUUAUUAUAUAAUAUCGUAAUAUGUACUGUAAUACAUGUUGUUAGUGUAUUUAUUUACAAAAUCCACAAGGUCUAAUCUCGCAAAUACACGUACCCUUAUUACGAAUAUUUCUUUUAAUUAAAAAGAUCAAAUUUUUAUUGAAAAUAAAUAAAUAAUAAUAUUCGUUUCCUGCAGAAGAGUAAGAAGAGGUAAUUAAAUUUUAUUUGUAACAAUUAUUAUAGAUAAUUAAUAUCCUAAGAUUGUGAAUUACUGAAUUCUUCAAGAAUAUUUGCGAGGUGUUCUUCUUGUUGCCGUUGCUGUUUACGUUGUCUUGUACCUUUUUCCUGAAAUCAACU